AUGUGUUCCCUUGCUGCCUCUCAACCGCUAACAAACAGCACAAAUCACACAAACCAUGAACGCAAAACUAGCACUUCUCUUGAUCAUGCUCAAACCAUCCAGGCCCCUCUACCGAACCCCUCUCUGCAGGUAACAGCUGACCACAAUUUGAAAAGAGUUGAUGCACCAGUAUAUGCACCUCGGGCCGGCGAGGUUCUUCUUCACAUCAAGGCUACUGGUAUCUGCGGUUCAGAUGUCCAUUUCUGGAAGACAGGGUGUAUUGGAUCUCUCGUUUUCGAGGGCGAUUGUAUUAUUGGGCAUGAGGCGGCUGGUGUGGUGAUUCGGGUUGGUGAGGGUGUUGACGACUUUAAGCCUGGCGAUCGAGUGGCUGUCGAGCCAGGCGUCCCUUGUGGACAUUGCUUCCUCUGCAAGGAUGGUCGAUAUAACCUCUGCGAAGACGUCCAGUUCUCAGGUGUCUACCCUUAUGCCGGAACUCUACAGCGAUACAAAGUCCACCCUGCCAAGUGGCUUCACAGGCUUCCUGACAGCGUAUCCUUUGCCGAAGGCGCUCUUCUAGAGCCUUUGAGCGUUGUCCUACACGGCAUCAACUCAGCCCCCAUUACCCUCGGAACACCCGUCGUUAUCUGCGGUGCCGGUCCCAUCGGUCUUCUCGCUCUUGCUUCUGCACGAGCCUCCGGUGCUCAUCCACUUGUCAUCACUGACGUGGAGCCCAAGCGAUUGGCGUUUGCUAAAGAGCUGGUUCCUACAGUGAAAACCUACCAAGUCGACACUACUAAGACUAACGAGGAAAAUGGUCAAAAUGUGAGGAAGUUAUUUGGCGAGACGGAGUAUGUUCAGCCUAGAGUUGUUUUUGAAUGCACGGGUAUUGAGAGCAGUGUCUGUUCGGCUGCUUUCAUGGUGCGUCGCGGUGGUGUUCUCAUGGUUGUCGGUGUGGGCAGAUCCAUUAUGAACAACCUACCUUUCAUGCACUUGUCACUUGCUGAGAUUCAACUUCGAUUCAUCAACCGAUACAAAGACACAUGGCCUGCGGGUAUAGCGUGCAUUGAAGGAGGUUUUGUCAAUGUGAAGAAGCUGGUAACGCAUAUAUUUCCAUUAGAGGAAGCACUUGAAGGCUUGACUUUAUCGUCAGACCCUAAGAAUGGCUGCAUCAAGGUACAGAUUGUUGAUGAUAUAGAGACUACAUUCUUCUAG